AUGGGAAAAACACUUGCCGAUUCUUACGAGCUGUUGUUAGAAUUGGUAGGGGAUUUAAUACCGAUUCAGGAGAAACUCAAUAUUGAUGGUAAUCCCAUUCUAGAAGAAGCACUCCGAAGCAAUAAAGCUUCUACAGAUAUUCCAUUUAGUGAAAUAUUUAAUUUGUUUAUGUGUUUGAAAGAGGAUAUAAUAGCAAUUCAGGAUAAACUCGACAUUGUUGGCUAUUCUAAUCAAGAAAGAGCAGAAGAAGUUGAUGAAAAUAUGAGAGCAUAUCUCCGGAAGCUUAAGGAGUUUCAUGGUCCCUUAAAGGAUGAUCCAGGUGUGAUAUUUCCGAAAUAUGGUGAAAUAGGUGUAAAGAAAAUUAUGUUUACUGGAGAGGGGCUUCCAUUAUUUCUGAAGCUCUCUCCUCAACAAUUGCACGAAAUAUUCAUCAAAAAUCCAUCUAGUGCCGGUCAAUGCCCAUGUCUAGAACAGGUUAGCUAA